UAGCUGUGUUAACCUUAUAGCUACUUGAUGCUAAAGCAUGCAUGUUACAGUGAGUCUGUUGUGAGGGCCACGUGGAAAACUAUCGAUAGGCCAAGCACAAAAACGAAUUCAGUUAGCCACUUGCAAUAGUGUCUAUUCUUAGUUUCUAACCACCACCACCCCCCCCCCCCCACACACACACACACACACUUAGAAACCUUGUGAAUAACAGCCUGGAGAAAGUAACUGUGGAAGAUAUCAAGGAUUUUGCGGAAGUAACACUGUUGGAUCUACGGUCAAAUAAUAUAGAAGUGAUUGAUGAUCAAGUAUUUUCUGCUCGGUUUUUGCCAAAGCUGCAACAGUUGUUUCUUUCUGGGAACCAGCUGUCCUGGCUACCACCUAAUACUUUUCAGUUCACUGUUUUUACAACCUUAGACCUCUCCUACAACAAGUUUAGUUAUCCUCCUCCUGCUCUUGGCAAGACUCAUCAAAUUGCGACUUUGCUGCUGAAUAACAAUCCUUUUCAAGGUUUACAGAAGGAUUCAUUGGCCAAUAUCUCAUCGCUGGUCACACUUGAGCUCUCAGCAUGUAAUUUAACAGCUGACAAUAUGACUCCAGAAGUCUUCAUUGGCUUAACAAGUCUUCGUGCACUAUAUCUUGAUCUCAAUAACUUUCCUGUUAUCAAACGAGAAAUGUUUGCAUCUAUUCCUUCAGUUCGUGAUUUAUAUUUGCAGCAGUGUGGCAUUGCACAGAUUGAGAAAAGAGCUUUCAAAGAUCUGCAAAGUUUAAAUGGACUACACCUUUCUCACAACAAUAUCUUGGAGCUGUUCCCUAAUGCCUUCCAGGAUUUACUUAUGAAAGACCUAGAUCUUAGCUUUUGUGGAAUCCAGAACAUCAGAAAGGGUGCAUUCAGAACAAGGAUUACCAAUGGACUGUACCUCUCCCACAACAACAUUACUGUUGUGCAUGGUAAAGACUUUAAGGAGCUAGAGAAAGUGAGGUAUAUUGACUUAUCCUACAGCAACAUUGCUGAGAUUAAAGGCUCUCCAUUUCUUGAACUUGAUUCUCUUGAGCAAUUACACUUGCAGUAUAAUAACUUGGAAGACGAAGACAUCACAGCAAGUACUUUGAAUUCAUCAGAGAACCUCUGGGACCUUGACCUGACAGGAAACAAACUUCAAUCCAUCCCAGAUCUCAAUGGAAAAUAUUUUCCAUAUUUACAGAAGUUAAAUAUUGGAGGAAAUAUGAUAAGACAUAUCACCAAUACUCAACUUCGUAACAUGACCUCCUUGUCGGUCCUUAUUUUAAGAGAGAAUCCUAUUGAACUAAUUGAUAAUGAAGCCUUCAUUGAAUGCUGGAAAAUAACAGAUCUGAAUUUGGACUUUACCAGAGUGAAGAAUCUUCCAAACAUGAGCAGCAUGGGAAAGCUGACUGACCUUCAUAUUGUUCAUAGCAAACUCGUGGAGUUUCCUGAGGAUAUUUGUACUACAAAUCCUAGGCUAAUUAUUAUUGAAGCUACAGCUAACAACCUACAAACUUUCACCAACUUUUCGAACUGUCGAAACCUAUUUUCGUUAGCUCUAGACCAUAACAGCCUACCAAACAUCCCACAGGGAGUUUUGAAUGGACUUACAAGGCUAGAUAUUUUAAAACUGCAGGAAAAUGAGAUUGUAUAUAUUGCAUCUGGUGUGUUCAAUGAUUUGAGAAUACUCAAAUCACUCACUCUGCACCACAAUGAAAUUGAGCAUCUUCCACCUGGAAUUUUUUCCAAACUAACAGCGCUGAGAAAGCUAAAUCUUGGCUUUAAUCGUAUUCUUUCUCUGCCAGAUGGAAUAUUUUCCAACAAUACUCUUCUUGCUAACUUGUGGCUGAAUGACAAUAGUAUUCACCAAGUACACGUGACAGCCUUUGGACUAAUGCCAUACUUAGAGGUAUUGAAUAUGUCUUCCAACUUCUUUUGUUCAUUAGAAUUCCCAGAUGCUGGCUUUCCAUCAUUGCGUAUAUUGAGUUUAGAGCUGUUGUGGUGUCUUCACAAUGUUCCUAAUCCGCAUAAAAUGCCCAAUGCUCAGGAGGUGUUUUACACUUACGCCUACCACUGUUGUCUUUGGGAAGAUACUCUAAAUUCAGAUGUAUACAAAAACGAUACGAUAUUACCCACAACCAUUCCUCCGGAUGCAACAGGUGCAGUAACUCUUCCUCCUGAAGUGAUAACAGUACUUCCUGAAAACCCAUUUGAGAAAGAUUGUGCAUCGGAAGGAGCAUCACCAGACAGACAAUCUGUUAUAUUGGACAUUGCAAAGUUGUAUAACCUAACAAUCAUAUGGGGCCCCGACUGUGGAUUUACUAUAGAAGGCCCUAUAAACAUUGGUCUCACUGCAGAUGAUAUAGCAAAUCUCCAAAAUGGGCAACCCACAAAUUUUCUUGAUAAUGAUGUUGUUGUUGUUGGCACUGAAACAGAAGGAUUCUUCCAAGGUGUUAAUGAUUUACGUAGCCAUUACGUUCCUCCUCCCAAGUAUCCUCAGCCUCAGUUUAAGAAGAUAACUUGCUACCCAAGGCCAAAUCCAUUGACACCUUGUGAUAAUCUCUUAGAUCCAUGGCCUAUUCGCGUUACGAUAUGGGCUGUGUGGGUCUUGACCCUGCUUGGGAAUAUAACAAUCUUAUUUAUCAUGAUUGCUGCACGCCAAAGAAUGGAUGUUUCACAAUCUUUCAUCUGUGUUCUAGCAUUUUCCAACACACUUCUUGGUAUAUAUUUAGCGUUUAUUGCAAUGGUCGAUAUUAGAACACUUGGUGACAGAAGUUUUUACCAAUCAGCUCUAGAGUGGCAAAAGGGAUCUGGAUGCCAAACUGCUGGUUUCCUUGCCAUUUUCUCAUCCCAACUCUCGGUAUACAUUCUUGUCGUCCUUACCAUUGAAAGGUUGCAUCAUAUAGUUACAAGUACUGUUUCAUUACGCCAAAAACAAAGCAAAAACCUUCAUUACGCUGUGAUAAUUAUAAUUAUUGGAAUUGUCUAUGCUGCAAUUCUAGCUGUGUUGCCAUUAGAAGGAAUGGAUGUUAACGCGUAUGAUGAAGUUGCAAUAUGCCUCCCUUUUGUUGCCCACACAUCUGCAGAUAGAGGCUAUAUCCUUAGCAUACUCACUUUAAACAUGCUUGGUAUAUUGAUCGUAAUACUUGCUUUUCUGCUUGUAAUCUUCUGUCUUUUCAGACCAUCUCUUCCACGAAAGCAAAAGUGGGAUAUACUAAAGAGUACAACAAAACUUUCACUUUUAAUGGUAACAACCUUUUUGUGUUGGUUUCCUAUCGGAGUUGUGGGCUAUACUUCUAUACUUGAAGAACCCAUCAUUGAUGCUGGACAAGCAAAAUAUUUUAUUGUCUUUGUUUUCCCCAUUAAUGCUUUAUUUAGUCCCAUUAUAUAUGCCCUUAUUACACGAAGUUUUCGGAGGAAUAUUUUGUGGAUUCUUACAUGUUGCCCUAAUGCAAAAAACAAAAACAAGUCCCCUCAAACUUUUCGGCUCGUUCAAAGGCAGGCUACAUCAACACCUUCUAGUCUUAUUUCAUCUGACAUCCCACGUGGGCACUCUCCCCGAUCCAUUACUGGAGAAGAACUACGGGUAUUGAGACAAAGCCGACGCUCGAAUAGUUACAGUGUUCAGUUUAACCCCAAUGUAUCAAAACAACCAUUGUGCUCUACUCCACCAACACCUGGUUCAAUUGCACGAAUGGGUAGAAGAGCAUCUUUACCAGCAACUUUUGAAUCAAAUGUCAGUUGCUACCACUUGAAUGAUGGAGAGGAUACAGCAGAGCACGAUCCAGCUCUUCCAUUUCGUUUUGCUCCAGGUCUAUUACGCCAACUUGACAGCAGUUUACCAAACUUACCCGAAGAAAAUGAAGAGCAGGAAAUGUCAUGUGAUAAUGCUGAACAUAUUUCAUUACCACCAGCUACACAAAUAAAUCCGUCUACUGUACAAGAGAGAGAUGAAAUCAACAUGGCUGAGCCACAAAGUACCAAACGCUUUUCAGGUAAAGAAUAUUUUGAUGCACCAGGUCAGAGUUCAAGGAAACCUGCUAAAUCCUCGAUCCAAGACUCUUGUACUCGAUCAAAUGACACGCCAAAACUCUGCAUCCCACAAAAACGCUCAAAUUCAUGUUCGUUUUUUGAUUCUCACAAUACUCAUGUGGAAGAGGAGAAUGGAAGUCUCAAUAGCAGUGAACGUCCACAGUCACUUGAUCCACAAUACCGUUCAAUUCGUUCUGAAAAGUCAUUGUUUGAUUAUAUGAAGUUACAAGAUACGGCAGUUACUGUGAGUUCCUGCAAAAGAUUACAAAUUGUUAAUCCACGAUUUUCAGCACUUAGUCCUACACAAGGUUCCGAAACUGAUGUGUAAUAGAUGACACUGUAUGUACUCUAUAUUCUCCUUCAUAUAUACAGCACUUAAAAAGAAGGGUGCAUUUUUUACCUUUUCUGUACAGUCCGUACUUUACAAUUGCACAUUCUAGCAUAGCAUGAAAGUGAGCCGCGAACAUAACUUAUGAAUUUUACCUGUGGGGUGGGGGGCAACAUACAACACCAAUCCCUACAGAGUUAUUCUCUUCAUUGCAAGUUUGUACAUUUUUAGUGAUAGUUUUACUGUCGUCUAAUAUUGUUUUAUAAUGAACGUUUGAAGAUAACGAGCAAGAAUUAUAAUUGAUGAUAUAAUAGCACAG